AUGUCUGGCCAAAACAACAACAAUUCCGCCUCUUGCAAGGUCACACUUACAGAUUUGUACACAAAGCUUGCCGUCAUUGAAGCCCGCAUCAACAACUACCAUGCCAAAUGGGAGAGGAUUCCUUGCGAAAUUCGACCGGAUCUUUCCAUCUGGCGAUUCGUUAGUCACACGGUACAGCAGUUCAGGCACACGCUCGACUCUAUCCCCGUCGAUGAGCACGACGCCUUCAAGGGAGCGGAUGAGGCUCUAGAUACUGCCUUCCCUCACCUCCAGAAGUUGGAGGAUGAUUGGAAUAUGAACACGCCCCCAGGAUUUCAGUAUUGA